ACACACCGAAUACCUUCUUAUGAUCGAGUGAAACGGUGGACACAGCUGCCGUUUUAGUGCUAUUUCUCUGGCACCAUUUGUAAGGUUUUUUUGAAGUGAAGAAAGGGAGAAAUGUCGAGUCUCCAGGAUAUCAAGAACGAAACUAUUGAUCUGGAGAAAUGUCCGAUAGAGGAAGUUUUCCAGCAACUAAAAUGUACGAAGGAAGGUUUGACGACUCAGGAAGGGGAAGCCAGGGUUCAGAUUUUUGGAUACAACAAGCUCGAAGAGAAAAAGGAAAGCAAGAUUCUCAAGUUUUUGGGAUUUAUGUGGAAUCCCCUUUCAUGGGUCAUGGAAGCUGCUGCAAUCAUGGCUAUUGCUUUGGCAAACGGUGACGGUAGGCCUCCGGAUUGGCAGGACUUUGUUGGUAUCAUCUGUCUUCUUGUCAUCAACUCUACCAUCAGUUUCAUCGAAGAGAACAAUGCCGGUAAUGCUGCUGCUGCUCUCAUGGCUGGUCUUGCUCCAAAAACCAAGGUUCUUAGGGAUGGGAAAUGGAGUGAACAAGAAGCUGCUAUUCUUGUCCCAGGAGAUAUUGUCAGCAUUAAGCUCGGAGACAUUAUCCCUGCCGAUGCGCGUCUUCUCGAAGGUGAUCCUUUAAAGGUGGACCAGUCUGCUCUUACCGGAGAGUCUCUCCCUGUAACCAAGCACCCUGGUCAAGGAGUUUUCUCUGGCUCAACCUGUAAACAAGGAGAGAUCGAGGCAGUCGUUAUCGCCACAGGUGUUCACACCUUCUUCGGUAAAGCUGCUCACCUUGUGGACAGCACAAACCAAGUUGGACAUUUCCAGAAAGUUCUUACAGCUAUUGGUAACUUCUGUAUCUGUUCCAUUGCCAUUGGUAUGGUGAUUGAGAUUCUCAUUCUCGUCAUGUACCCUAUCCAACGCCGAAAGUACAGAGAUGGUAUUGAUAAUCUCUUGGUCCUAUUGAUCGGUGGUAUCCCUAUUGCCAUGCCUACGGUCUUGUCUGUCACCAUGGCUAUUGGAUCUCACAAGCUUGCUCAGCAGGGUGCCAUCACCAAGCGUAUGACUGCCAUUGAAGAAAUGGCUGGAAUGGAUGUGUUGUGCAGUGACAAAACCGGGACGCUAACUCUCAACAAACUUAGUGUGGAUAAAAACUUGGUUGAGGUUUUCUGCAAGGGUGUGCAGAAAGACCAAGUUCUUUUAUUUGCAGCUAUGGCUUCAAGAAUUGAGAACCAGGAUGCCAUCGACGCAGCCAUGGUUGGGAUGCUUGCUGAUCCAAAAGAGGCUCGGGCUGGAAUCACGGAAGUUCACUUCCUUCCGUUCAACCCUACUGAUAAGAGAACUGCUUUGACUUACAUCGACUCUAGUGGUAACUGGCACAGAGUCAGUAAAGGUGCGCCCGAACAGAUCCUAGAACUUUGCAAAGCCAGCAAUGACCUUAGCAAGAAGGUGCUCGAUAUCAUCGAAAAGUAUGCCGAGCGUGGUCUCAGGUCUUUGGCUGUUGCUCGCCAGACGGUGCCAGAGAAAAAUAAAGAAAGCCCAGGUGGACGAUGGGAGUUUGUUGGCUUGUUGCCACUUUUUGAUCCUCCAAGACAUGACAGUGCUGAAACCAUUCGAAGGGCUUUGCAUCUUGGUGUUAACGUCAAGAUGAUCACUGGUGACCAACUUGCUAUUGGUAAGGAAACUGGUCGCAGACUUGGAAUGGGAACAAACAUGUACCCGUCCUCGGCUCUUCUCGGUAACCACAAGGACGCAUCACUUGCAACCAUUCCCGUUGAGGAGCUGAUCGAACAGGCUGAUGGUUUUGCUGGAGUCUUUCCAGAGCACAAAUACGAGAUUGUGAAGAAGUUGCAAGAGAGGAAGCAUAUCGUUGGAAUGACUGGUGAUGGUGUCAACGAUGCUCCUGCUUUGAAGAAAGCUGAUAUUGGUAUUGCUGUGGAUGAUGCUACCGAUGCUGCUAGGGGUGCUUCAGAUAUCGUUCUCACCGAGCCUGGACUCAGCGUUAUCAUCAGUGCUGUCCUCACCAGCAGAGCUAUUUUCCAGAGAAUGAAGAACUAUACCAUAUAUGCAGUGUCAAUCACAAUCCGUAUCGUUCUUGGUUUCAUGCUUAUUGCUCUCAUUUGGAAGUUUGACUUCUCAGCAUUCAUGGUUCUGAUUAUUGCCAUUCUUAAUGAUGGUACCAUCAUGACAAUUUCAAAGGACAGAGUCACGCCAUCUCCCACACCUGACAGCUGGAAACUUAGAGAAAUCUUCGCUACUGGAGUUGUGCUUGGAAGCUACUUAGCCAUCAUGACUGUUGUUUUCUUCUGGUUGGCAAACGAGACCGACUUUUUCUCGGACAAGUUUGGUGUAAGAUCCAUCAGGGGUAAUGAGCACGAGCUAAUGAGUGCGGUGUAUCUACAAGUUAGUAUCAUUAGUCAAGCUCUAAUCUUCGUCACACGAUCAAGGAGUUGGUCUUUUGUUGAACGUCCUGGAGCAUUGCUCAUGAUUGCUUUCCUCAUUGCACAACUGGUUGCCACUGUGAUUGCGGUCUACGCCAACUGGGAAUUUGCUGAGGUUAAAGGUAUUGGAUGGGGAUGGGCUGGAGUGAUCUGGAUAUUCAGUAUAGUAACAUACUUCCCACUGGAUGUUCUCAAGUUUGCCAUUAGAUACGCCUUGACCGGAAAGGCUUGGCUCAACAUGACUGAGAACAGGACGGCUUUAACGACGAAGAAAGAUUUCGGAAAAGAAGAGAGGGAGGCUCAAUGGGCAGUUGCUCAGAGGACACUUCACGGUUUACAGCCAAAAGAACCUGUUAACGUCAUUCCUGAGCAAGGAACUUACAGAGAGUUGUCUGAGAUUGCUGAGCAAGCCAAGAGAAGAGCUGAGAUCGCUAGGCUUAGAGAGCUGCACACACUCAAGGGACAUGUGGAAUCAGUAGCCAAGCUAAAGGGCUUAGACAUUGAAACUCCAGGACACUACACUGUCUAGUGAGGCAAAGACAACAAACCAAACCAAACACAUGAUUGAUUUUUUCCCUUUUAUGUUGUGUACUUUUUUUACCUUUUAUGUUGUGAGAUAUCUUGCUAUGUUUUGCAAGAGCAAGUCUAUUUAAUUCAUGUUUGCAAGAGAAUAAAAUUCUUGAACCCGGCAGAAAAGUAAUUUUUUGAAACU